GAGCGGAAGACUAUCGACACACUCAUAGCGAUAACUGGCGUAAAAUGAGCUCUUCAAAGCCUAAGCUUGGGAAAAGGAAGGCACCUGCUGCUAAGGGGCCUGUACCGGUGAAGAAAAAGCCUCGCAAGCCCCGAGGAAUGGUUAAAUUGCCACCAGGAACCGUCUUGACAGACCUCGCCAAGAAAAAGUGGCGUUUGGGAGAGUUGGUAGGAUGGGGUGGUUUUGGUGCCAUUUACUUAGCUUCUCCAGAUAGUGAAACACCUGUUACUGAAACUGCUGAACAUGUUGUUAAAGUGGAGCCACAUGCCAAUGGCCCUUUAUUUACAGAACUUGCAUUCUACCAACGUGUUGCUAAACCAGAACUAAUUAAAAGCUGGUGUCAGUCACGUCGUCUAAAACAUCUUGGAGUUCCAAUGUUUUUGGGAUCUGGGUUACAUGAACAUGAGUCCAGUAAGCUGCGAUUUCUAGUUCUGGAGAGGUUCGGGAAAGAUGUUGAUGAGCUUUUCCUAAACAGUAAGCGGAGGUUUGAUGUGACAACAGUGUUGAUGCUUGGUCUGAGAGUUAUUGAUGCUCUGGAGUAUAUUCACUGUCAUGAAUAUACCCAUGGAGACAUUAAAGGCUCAAAUCUCAUGAUGGGAUUCUCAAAGUCAAAAUCUGGUCAAGUCUAUUUACUGGAUUAUGGGCUUGUAUAUCGGUUUAGUCCUGAUGGGAAUCACAAAGAAUAUAAAGAAGACCCUAAAAGAAAACAUGAUGGCACAAUAGAGUUUACCAGCAGAGAUGCACAUAAUGGUGUAGUCACCUCGCGGCGCAGUGAUUUGGAGAUUCUGGGUUUUGUGAUGCUACAGUGGUUGUGUGACAGACUUCCCUGGGAAAAGAAUCUUCAGGAUAAGGAAUAUGUGAGGAAUGAAAAGAAUAGGUAUAUGAAGAACAUUCCAAAAUUAAUGAGGGACUGUUUUUGUGGAGAUCAUCAAGUUGAGAUACAAAAGUACUUGGAAUACAUCAACACAUUGGAAUAUGAAGAUCAACCAGACUACGAAUUCAUUCGUAAACUGUUCAGAGAGGGCCUUAAAAAGAGGGGAUGUACAGAUGAUGGAAAGAAUGUGAAGUUCACCACCUCAAAAGCCAGCUCAGCCUCUGCUGAUCUUCCCAAUGGUUAUAGCUCAGCAGGAGAGAAGCGCAAGUCAGAGGACACAAGUGUGUCACCUCCAGCCAAGAAAUCUAAAGCCAACCCAGUCAGAGCAACUCGAGGAAGAGCUGCAGCCAAACAACAAGCUGAACCUGCCAGACCAAGAGUUAGAAGAGCAAGACAAAGAUAACCAGUUAUGGUUGAUACAGCCUCUUCACCCUAAGCUAGUUGUCUUCUAUGCUGAAUAAAUAGGGUUAUUUUAUUAUCAAAGACAUAUGGCCUUGUUGCAAGUAAAUAACAAACUUAAGGCAACAAGUCUGUGCCUACCAUAUCACAGAAUUAGAAAAGCAAAGGCAGAAUGGUAGGGGCAAAUUGAUUCCAUUUAGAUGUCGCAAAAGAUGUAGAAUAUGCCAGACAGAAAAACAUCAAACUUUUCAUGUACUCAAAUGUACAAAAGCAGAGUAAAUCACCUAAUUCUGGGUCAACCCUAGAAUUAAGUUCAAGUGACAUUUAUGAGGAGGUCACUUUUGAAGUUACUUUGAUUUGAUUUUUCAACUCUUGAAUGAAUUUUAUUUACUUUUGUGCUCAGUGAUCCCAUCCUUCAUUUAAGCGCAAGUUUGACUUUAGUAUUCAACACAUGAAUUAAACUCUAUUAUUAAUUAAACUCCAUUAUUUGGGUCAAUUCAAAUAGGUAUUUAAGUUUGUACACAGAAAACUUGAUGUUUGAAAGAUGCCAUGUAGAAUAAUGUAUUGGUUAAGGCUCCAUGAUAUGAAGAUUAUUUAAUACUUAAAUCUCAUGAAAUAUUGUCAUAAGUGUUCUCCAGAUAAUUAGUAGCCAGCCAUGGAUACAAGACUGGGUGAAGGUAAAAUUUAUUUCAAACUAAGACUGCUAUUUGACAACUGCUUUGUCUACUUUUAGUGGCUGGCAUCUCAGAAACAAAUGAUAGGUAGAAAUACUGGCCUGACGUGUUCCUAAAGAACACAGUGUCAUCUUGUUAUAGGAGAACCUCACUAAUUCAAACUAAGUGAACUCAAACUUCCCAGUAACUUGAACAAGAUGCGAUUUCAACCAUUUUUUUUUUCUGCUUUGUCUACUUUUAGUGGCUGGCAUCUCAAAAACAAAUGAUAGGUAGAAAUACUGGCCUGACGUGUUCCAAGAGAAAACCGUGUCAUCCUGAUAUAGGAGAACCUCACCAAUUCAAACUCAGUGAACUCAAACCUCUUAGUAACUCGAACAAGAUGGGAUUUCAACCGUUUUUUGUUUCCGAUGGCAGAUCAAGUUAUCCAGUCUCUACUGUAUUUUGUAAUGUAAAAGUUAUUUCAGCAUAUAUCAUGUACCAGAAUUAAAAUAAAGUUUACAUUUGUGAGGCAUUGAGUUAAGUAAUAAAGUCAUGCAUGGUAUACUAGCAGAUUAAGAUAUGUCCAUUUUGUUAAGUAUCCCAAUUAUGUAAGCAGGGUCAGUAUUUUAAGGUACAUAAGCAAUUUUUCUUAUUCUAAAUGGUAUGUGAAAUAUUAUUAAAUAUUAAUUUAAAAUAAAUUUGCAAAUAUCCUAGGUUAACUCAAUAGACAUACUAAACUAUUUGUGAACUUAUUUGUUUGAAGAGAUUACAAUUGAUGGGUAACUGGCUCUGAACUGGUGGUCAAAAUGCUCUUGGCUAAUUUUAAUUAGUCUGAUGUUCAAAUUCUUUUGACACUUUUCCCUUACUUAAUUCCUGUAACUAAUUUA